AUGGUCCUGGAGAGAAUCUACGUUGUGCGGCAUGGGUUCCGCUCCAGCUGGACGGUCAAUCCCCAGACCGGCACGUAUUCUGGCAUCCCAUCGCCAACAGGCAUUCCGGGCGACCCAGCGCUCACCUCGUACGGCAUAGACCAGUCCAAGCAACUGGCCCGCCAUCUCAUGACGCUGGAUCCAAAGGUGGACAAGGUGUAUUCCAGCCCGUUUUACAGAUGCCUGCAGACAAUGGCACCGUUUAUGGAGCUCCAGAAACAGCUGCAGCUUCAGCAGGCAGAGGACAACCCGGGGCACGACACAAGGACCUUGACGGGUGCCCCGGGGGGGCCUGGAUGGGGAGCUGCGUCCGCCGUAACGACGGUACUUCCUGAACAUGGAAUUCGCGAGUGGUUCGGCUCUGCUCCAUUCCGUCAUCCGGAACCAGCCGGGCCCGAGGUCCUCAAGCGCCUGUUUCCGAGCUACGACGACAGCUACGUGUCGACAGUGAAGCCGUCCGCACGAGGGGAGAGUCUGGAGCAGUUGCAAGACAGAGUCACCAGGGCCUUGAGGGGCAUCAUCGAGCAGUGUGAUGCCGAUGGGACUCGAACCAUUGUUCUAUGCAGCCACGCAGCUGUCAUUAUCCUGAUGGGACGCAUUCUGACGGGUCAGGUCCCCGCCAGCGUGGAUGUUGACGACUUCCACGCCUACACGUGCGGAGUGAGCCUCUACAGCCGUCGCAAGGCCAGCAGUGCCACUGGAGGAAGAAUUACGGACGACAGCCGCCAUGGCCGCGAUUCGGCGUCAUCAAAUCCAGACGACAAAGCCGACGUCACGGGCAAUUGGGACUGUGAUUUGAACAGCGACUGUAGCUUCUUGAGCGGAGGUCAAGAACGAGGGUGGAGAUUUUCGGGAGAUGAAUCAUUUCCCGACACAGGUUCUCUCUCCCAAACCGUACCGGAUUCGAGACUUUGA